AUGUUAACCAGUGAAAAAGCCCAUCUUUGGUCAGGAGGAAUUUCACGAAGUAGGUCUGAAGGAAAUCUGUUUGACAUGGAAGCCCAAAAAUCCUCAAGAAAUUGUGAUAUUACAGAAUGUCCAGAUCCUGGUUUGCCUCUUGAUUGGCCAGAGGAUUUCACACUUCAUGACAAUAAUGCUUCCAAUGCUACAAAUCCAUUCUGGAAUGAACUGUCUGCAUCUAACCCAUUUUUGGAUGAUAUAACUCAGCUAAGAAAUAAUCAGAAGAGAGAUAAUAUUUCUAUCUUGAAAGAAGAUCCUUUUCUUUUUUUCAGAGAAAUAGAAACUGGAAACUCUUUUGAUUCAUCUGGUGAUGAACUUGAUGUGCAUCAGUUGCUUAGGCAUUCUUCUUCAAGGAAAUGUGGAAGAUCUAAAAGUGUUUCAGAACUUUUGGACAUUUUGGAUGACACUGCACAUGCCCAUCAGAAUGUACGUAACUCUGACCGGAUCUUAGAACAAGACUUAGAAUGGCUUCGAAACGAUCGAGAGGCUUAUAAAAUGGCUUGGUUAAGUCAGCGCCACCUUGCCCGUUCCUGCCUAGAUUUGAGUACAAUUAAUCAGAGUCCUGGAUGGGCCCAAACACAAGUUGCAGAGACUACAGUGGUUUGCAAAUUAAACCACCAAGGAGGGUCAGUACAAUUACCUGAAUCAGAUAUCACUGUUCAUGUGCCCCAAGGCCAUGUAGCUGUGGGGGAAUUCCAAGAGGUAUCUCUAAGGGUUUUUCUAGAUCCUCCACAAAAGCUUAACCAUGAUUUUUCAUGCACCAUAAGCCCACUGUUGGAAAUCAUGUUAGGUAACCUUAACACAAUGGAAGCCAUUUUGCUGGAGAUGAAAAUUGGGGCUGAAGUGAAAAAGGAUCCUUUCAGCCAAUUCAUGGCAGAAAUAGUGUGUUUACACAGUCUGGAUAAAGAAGGCCCUUUCAAGGUAUUAAACAACUGCUACAUUUAUAAAGACACCAUCCAAGUCAAGCUAGUAGACUUAAGUCAAGUGAUGUAUCUAGUGGCUGCCGCACAAACUAAAGGUACUCAAUCACCAGCUGCCACCAUCUGGGAUUAUAUCCACAAAACCAUUUCAGUUGGAAUUUAUGGACCCAAAUAUAUCCACCCCAGUUUCACUGCUGUUUUCACAGUUUGUGGACAUAGUUAUUUGCCAAGAAAACUUACCAUCUCUGAUAUUAAAAAAGGUGGGAACCCCAACACACCUCCAGUAGUAUUUCAGCUCUGGGGGAAGCAUUCCUUCUUACUUGAAAAGCCACAAGAUUUAAUUAUAUCUGUCUUAUCAUGUGAUCCUGAUUUUGAAGUAAAAGCAGAAAGAAAAAGGAAAGAAGUUGAGCAAAAGCACUUGCAAUCAGGUCAAGUAGUUCAUGAACAAUUUUUCUUCUCUUUAGCUGGCUCCAGAGAAAUGCACUUGUUUGUUUUCUGUGUUCAGGUGGAGCCUCGCAGUGGUAGUCCAGUGACACAGUUCUUUAUAACUUCACCCGAUCCGGCUCCAAACCUAAAAAGGCUGUCAAAUCUGCCAAGUGAUUUGCAGAAAAAGAAGGAAAUCAAAUCUUCUCCUUUAUUACCAGCAAUGCAUGUUAAAUAUCCUACAUUUCAAGACAAAAAAUUGAACUUUACCAGUUAUGGAAUAACCCAGAAGACAGUGAUAAGACAAAAUAAGAUUGAAUACUUACUUGAAUAUUUCAAAGGGGACACAGUAGCUCUUCUUGGAGAAGUCAAAGUAAAAGCCAUUGGACAGUCCAAAGUGAAAGAAUGGUAUGUGGGAGUCCUGAGAGGUAAGAUUGGACUUUUACAUUGCAAAAACAUCAGAGUGAUUGCAAAGGAACAAGUAAUGUCUAUGUCAGAUAAUGUCUUCACAACCUGGAAUCUUCUUGAACAAAUUACCCUGCCUCUUAAAAAACUGACUUACAUCUACUCAGUUGUCUUGACCUUGGUGUCAGAAAAAGUGUAUGAUUGGAAAGCUUUAGCUUAUGUCCUAGGCUAUUCACAUCUGGCACUGGAAGACUUUGAUCAACUACAAGCAGACAAAGAAUCAGAAAAAGUUGCUUAUGUUGUAAAGAAGUUAAAGGAAGAUUGCCAUGCAGAUAGAAAUACCAGGAAGUUUCUUUAUGAACUUACUGUGGCUCUGCUGAAGAUGGAUUGCCAAGGGUUAGUAGUGCAUCUUGUCCAGGAGGCUGCUAUUCUGACUUCAGCCGUCAAGCUUGGGAAAGGCUGGAGGGAACUAGCUGAAAAGCUAGUGCGACUCACAAAGCGACAGAUGGAGGUGUAUGAAAUUCCUCACCAAGGAAAAUCUGGAGAUGUGGCUGCAGAGAUGAUGUGGAAACCUGCCUAUGAUUUUCUUUAUACUUGGAGUGCUCACUAUGGAAACAGCUACAGAGAUGUGUUACAAGACCUACAAUCAGCUUUGGACAGAAUGAAAAGCCCCGUGACCAAACAGUGGCGAGACUUAACUGGCGCUUUAAUACUAGUGAAUUCUUUAGAGGUUUUGAGAGCAACUGCAUUCUCCACUUCUGAGGAAGUAUAG